AUAAAAGAACAAUUUACUCAAAUUAGUCUAUCAACAUUGAAAUUAGAUUUGAAAAAUAAAGCAUAUUAAACAAUUAAAAAUUAAGUUGUGUGUUAAAAUUUAUUGUUUUCAUUGUAAAAGAAUAUAUCAUAUUUGUUAAGCAGUAGUAUAACUUAUCCGCGUACACAAUAUAGUCUUGAUAACUAAAAAAAACAAAAAACAUGAAUAAAUCAACAACAUCAAUAACAAAUAAAACAGAAAAUUUUCUUGCUCAAUUUAAAGACAACAAUUCGAAUUCAUUGAAACAUUUCACUGCUGCACAAUUUGUUGAAGUAUGGAAUCAUUAUGAUACUGAUGGUAAUGGUUACAUUGAAGGUUCAGAAUUGGAUAAUUUUUUACGUGAAUUCAUUUACAGUGUCUUUUCUGAAGAAUUAGGCAAUGAAACUAUACCUAAUGAUGAAUUGGAAUUGAUGAAAAAAGAAUUUAUGGAAGCAUUUGAUGAAAAUUCUGAUAAUCGAAUUGAGCUUACUGAAAUGGCUAAAAUUUUACCGACGGAAGAAAAUUUCAUCCUGUUAUUUCAUCGAGACAAUCCUUUGGAUUCAAGUGUUGAAUUUAUGAGAGUAUGGAAACGUUUUGAUAAAGAUAGAAGUGGAUAUAUUGAAGCGGAUGAAUUGAAAACAUUUCUUCUACAUUUACUUAAAGAAGCAAAACCUGAAACUAAUAUUGAAGAAGGAAAAUUAAUUGAAUAUACAUCAUCUAUUCUUCAAUUAUUCGAUCAAAACAAAGAUGGUAAACUGCAACUCAGUGAGAUGGCAAGAUUACUUCCUGUGAAAGAGAACUAUUUGUGUAGACCAAUUUUUAAGAAUGCUUCAAAAAUCACAUCUGCUGAUAUUGAUCGAGCGUUUUCACUUUAUGAUCUGGAUGCCAAUGGUACAAUAGAAGAUGAAGAAUUGUCAGGAUUUCUUAAAGAUUUAUUAGAACUAGCUCAAGAAGAUUACGAUGAAGCUGAUUUGGAAUUUUUCAAAAAAGUCAUCUUAAAUCAAUGGGAUGUAAAUUGUGACGGGAAAAUUAAUCGUGAUGAAUUGAAAAUGAUGCUUAUGCAACAGUCACGUCUGUUAGGUGAUAGACUAUGAAAAUUUAUUGAUUUUUUUUUUUAUUUACGAAUUACCAUUAUUCUCAAGUGUUCAUAUAUUUUACAAGAUGUUCAAUAUUAUUAUUAUAAAAAAAACAAAUUGAAAGUACAGACCAAGAAGAGAACGAAUUUCUACCUCGAUUAUGGCGCUGCUUUAUAUUUCAUAUUCUUUUCAUUCAUUAACUAACUUAAGUUUAUCUUUUUUCCGAAUUUUUUUCUCUUUUUUAUUUUGGCUCUAACUAUCGAUCAAUUGAUCUUAACUUGACAUAUAUAAUUUACUCAUCAAUACAUGAGUUUGACAUUUUUAUGCAAUAAAAUUUACUUCAUAUUAAUGUGCAUAAGUGCUUGUGCUUCUGCCUGGAAAGUCAUUUGUAUUCAUAACUAUUAUUCAUAUAAUGGCAUAUAUUGGCACUAGUUUGUCUCAUUUUAUUCUAUUCAUCGUUCAUUAUUAUUCGACAAAAUGUAUUUUUGAUCAUUUUAUCAUGACAAAAAUCAUAAUGAAUUUUUAUGUCUUUAGUUAAUCAACUUAUAAAUGGAUGGAUGCUAUCAUUCAU